AUGUGGACAGAGAAAGAGUUCAUAACCUCUCGAAAGACUUGUCCUUCCCGGGACUUAGAACCGCAAAUUUACUCAUUCAACGAGAAUGUUUUAUCCGCUUCAAGAAAGCUCACAAAGCUCUCUCCAGUGUCUUCUCCUACACAGCAUCUGCUCGUUUCAGCGAUCUCAAGUCCCAAGUUUGUUCAGAGGUUUGUGAAAACCAACAGGGAGAGGUUGAUGAGGAUCAACACAGAGCUAGUCAAGGGGUUGAAAGCGUUGAAGAUUGAGUGCACGAAAAGCAAUGGUGGGCUCUUCUUUUGGGUGGAUAUGAGAGGGUUGAUGUCGUCUGAUAGUGAGAAAGGCGAGAUUGAGCUGUGGAACAAGCUCUUGAAGAUUGGGAAGAUCAAUGUAAUACCGGGAUCUUGUUGUCAAUGCAUUGAACCGGGAUGGUUUAGGCUCUGUUUCAGUAAUUUUUCAGAGAGAGAUGUGCUUGUAGUUAUGAACCGUUUUAGGAAAGUUUGUGAAAGUUGUAAAUCUCAACAUUGA